AUGUUGCCGCGCUGGCCAUGGUGCACCUCGCUACACUAUCUGUUCUUUUGUGCCAGUUUCGCGCUCGUUCCAGUUCUUAGUGGGAGGUAUGCGGUCGAGGAUGUUUGUUCAUUGAUUCAGUUGCACGUUGAGGGCAACGAUCAUGUUGGGUUCGAUGUGGUAGAGCCGAGGCCGUGGAGCGUGGCCCGAAAGUUGGCCACUCGCACUGUCGCCAAGCUCACGGUGCAGGAGCGCAAUGGCCUUUUGCGCGGCUUGGAUUUGCCGCGCGACUACGCGGGCAACUACAUCGGUAGUACAGCUGCUGUGCCCCGGCUCGGAGUGCCCGCGUUGAAGAUGCAGGACAGCGCCCUCGGCUUCCGCACCACGGCCAACGACACGCACAACACCACGACGUGCUUUCCGUCGAUGUUGGCCCUCGCUGCAACCUGGGACGAGGAGACCGUGGGCCAGACUGCUAGGAUGAUCGCUGAGGAGUUCCGCGGCAAAGGAGCUAACGUGAUCUUGGGCCCGGAAGUGAAUGUGGUCAGGACCGCCUAUGGCGGGCGCAAUUUCGAGUCGCUCUCUGGCGAGGACCCGCACCUGGGCGCUCGCCUGACCAGGGCAUACGUGACGGGAGCCCAGGGCGCAGGCGUGAUCACGGUGGCGAAGCACUGGGCCUUCAACGAGCAGGAGACGAACCGCAGGAACGAGAGCUCGCAGGUGGACAGCAAGACCGCGUGGGAGCUCUACUACCCGCCCUUCGAGGCCGCCGUCGAGGCGGGCGCCGGCGGCUUCAUGUGCUCGUACAACAAGGUGAACGACACGUACGCCUGCGAGAACCCCGAGCUGCUGCACCGGGAUCUCCGAGGCAUGAUGGGCUUCUCGGGCUUCGUGGUGUCAGACUGGGGCGCCACUCACAGCACCGCUGUCACGGCGGGCCUGGACAUUGUGAUGCCAGUCGGCGGAGAAAUGGGAUACUACAACGACACGCAGCUGAGGGAGUCGCCCGCCUCCGAUGUGGACCGAGCGGCUGCCAACGUGCUGACUGCAAUCUACCGCCUCCGCCUGGACGCACACGCGAACGACGCGCUUGGAUGCGAGCCUCCAGCUUGCGAGGCGCCCAUGCGGUCUGACCAGAUGAGCGCCCAGCACACCGCGCAGAGCCUUCGUGCCGCGACGCAGUCGAUCACGCUGUUGAAAAACGAAAACGAGACGUUGCCUCUGGAUCCCCGUCGCGUGAAGACGCUGGCUAUCUUCGGACUGGUGGCUGCCUCCGUGCAGCCGAAAUUUUACUCUGGGCAUGGCUCCGGCCACAUAAACCCGAAGGCGCCCGUAACGCCACUUCAAGCGAUCCAGGCUCGUGCGGAGGCUGCGGGUAUCCAGGUGAUAUCGCGGACCAGCCAGGAGCCGCUUGCGGAGGUGCUUGAGGCAGCCUCGCGGGCAGACGUGGUGCUGGUAGUCGGUGGAGCCUCAUCUCGAGAGGGGUAUGACCGAGACAACCUUCGGCUCAACGGCGACGCCGACGCCAUCGUUACCGCUUGUGCCUCGCGGAGGCCGACCGUGGUGCUCAUGCAGACUCCGGGUCCAGUCCUGACGCCUUGGCGGAACCAGGCCGCCGCGAUCGCGAACCUCUUCCUCGCGGGGGAGCAGACGGGCAGGGCGUGGGCGCAGGUCCUCUUCGGGGACGCCGAGCCCGAGGGCCGGCUGCCAGUGAUGUUUCCAGCGGGGAAGAUGGACUCCAUCUCUCCCUCCGACAAGCUCCGCAUAUCCUACCGCGAGCAGCUGCGGACCUCCUACCGAUCGCCGCGGUACCACGCGGCGUUCCCCUUCGGGCACGGCCUGUCGUACACGCGCUUCGACUACAGCCCACUGCGCCGGUGCAGCACCGCACCCUCCGGCGGCGCUCGGCGCGCGGACGAGCGCGCCUGCCUCACGCUGCGCGUGGCGAACUCGGGCCGCCGCCCUGGCCGCGAGGUCGUGCAGGCGUACGUGGAGUUCGGCGGCGCGGGCGCGGCGGGCGAGCCCGAGCGCGUGCUGCGGGGCUUCCGCAAGACCGGGGUGCUGCAGCCGGGGGGGGGCGAGGACGUGACGCUAUCUCAGGGUGCAACUCCUGGGAGGUCAACUGCAGUCAACCCGCGUGGCAAGGAUGGGCAACCGUCCCAAGGGUACCCUUGCAUCCUUGUCCCUUCG